AUGCACAAUCCAAGUCUAGAAAACACUAUUGUUGCUGAUACACCGCUAACCCAAACGACUCCACCAGCUUCUACGGUCGCUUCAGUGGUUGCAUCAACGGUGAAAAAUAACCAAAGUGAUGAAGAGCCGGAAGAUGACGAACAAAAAGAACAAACCGAGGUUGAAACGUCUAAAGACUCUAAAAGCGAUGAAUUGGAAGAAAAAGAAGACGACGAUAGUUUUGUCAAGAUACCAUUUUUUGGAGCCGGCUCAUCUCCAACUUCGAUGACGACAAGCGCCGAAUUGGGAGAGUUGGUUUCCGCGUGCCGAUUUGCACCCAACAUCACCGAAUUCGAAAGCAUCAGUGUUUCGAUUGAACGGAUCAAGAAAGAGAUUGACAAAUUCGAGACCACGCAAGGCUUCUUCGACGAGUUUGUCAACGAAGUUAAGGACAAGUCGGAAAAGUUCCAC